CUCCCUGUCUCCCAGCUGCCCCGCCAUCAGGCGACUCCAGGACCCUGCGCUCUGCCUGCGCCGGCCGACGAGCUCCCGCGGCAUCGGGGCAUUCCUGGGGCUUCUUCCGGUCAGGGAUUUUGCAUUGGCCUUUGUCUCCUCCCAUAAUGCCUGGCAUUUGGUACAUGUUUGUUGAACUUGAAGAGACAUAUGAGCAAUGAAUCUGGAACGCUGGGUUGCAGACAGAUUUUGAAUUCUGUUGAAUGGGAGAACAUCUUUGGUCCUACAGUGUUGCUGACACUGACAUUUUUCUAAGUGGUCUUGAACAGCCUACUUUUUAUGUAAAUAACGACUAGACUUCAUAUUUUCCACUUCAGAAACCUAUAAGCUAUAGCUGCCAGAGAGUUAAAAAACACUACUUUUAGGAUAUCAUCUACAUUUAACUUGAAAGCUCUUCUUAUUUAAAAAUGUUGAGAUACUGGGGAGAGAUACCAAUCUCAUCAAGCCAGACCAACAGAAGUUCCUUUGAUUUGCUGCCUCGGGAGUUCCGCCUGGUGGAAGUCCAUGACCCACCCCUGCACCAACCCUCAGCCAACAAGCCCAAGCCCCCUACGAUGCUGGAUAUCCCCUCAGAGCCAUGCAGCCUCACCAUCCAUACCAUUCAGCUAAUCCAGCACAACCGACGUCUGCGCAACCUCAUUGCUACAGCUCAGGCCCAGAAUCAGCAACAGACGGAAGGUGUAAAGACUGAAGAGAGCGAACCUCUUCCCUCUUGCCCUGGGUCACCUCCUCUUCCUGAUGACCUCCUGCCUUUAGAUUGUAAGAAUCCCAAUGCACCAUUCCAGAUUCGGCACAGUGACCCGGAAAGUGACUUUUAUCGUGGGAAAGGGGAACCUGUGACUGAACUCAGCUGGCACUCCUGCCGGCAGCUCCUCUACCAGGCAGUGGCCACCAUCCUGGCCCAUGCAGGCUUCGAGUGUGCAAAUGAAAGUGUCCUGGAGACCCUAACUGAUGUGGCACAUGAGUAUUGCCUUAAGUUCACCAAGUUGCUGCGCUUUGCUGUGGAUCGGGAGGCCCGACUGGGGCAGACGCCUUUUCCUGACGUUAUGGAGCAGGUAUUCCAUGAAGUGGGCAUUGGCAGUGUGCUCUCCCUCCAGAAGUUCUGGCAGCACCGCAUCAAGGACUAUCACAGUUACAUGCUACAGAUUAGUAAGCAACUUUCUGAAGAGUAUGAAAGGAUUGUCAAUCCUGAGAAGGCCUCAGAGGACACUAAACCUGUAAAGAUCAAGGAGGAACCUGUGAGUGACAUCACCUUCCCGGUCAGUGAGGAACUGGAGGCUGACCUUGCUUCUGGAGACCAGUCACUGCCCAUGGGAGUCCUCGGGGCUCAGAGCGAGCGCUUCCCGUCUAACCUGGAGGUUGAGGCUUCACCGCAGGCUUCAAGUACAGAGGUAAAUGCUUCCCCUCUUUGGAAUCUGGCCCACGUGAAAAUGGAGCCUCAAGAGAGCGAAGAAGGCAAUGUCUCUGGGCACGGCGUGCUGGGCAGCGAUGUCUUCGAGGAGCCCAUGUCAGGCAUGAGUGAAGCUGGAAUCCCCCAGAGCCCGGAUGACUCAGACAGCAGCUACGGCUCCCACUCCACUGAUAGCCUCAUGGGAUCCUCCCCCGUUUUCAACCAGCGCUGCAAGAAGAGGAUUAGGAAAAUAUAAAAGGAAAAGAGAUUUCCUGUCCAAACCUACAAACCCAACAGAAAACCUGAUAUAUUCAGAUUUGUUUCCAUAGCGAUUUGACUCUUAAAACACAGUGGAUUUUCCUGAUUUCAGUGAAAUUGGACUUAACCAAACAAGUUUGCAUAUUACUUUUGCAUUCAGUUUUUGUAAUUUUCCACACCAACCAAGCCACAUUUUACAGGUAUGUCAUGAUGCUGGGAUGGUAAUCAGGAGAUCAGAGCACUGUCUUUGACGACUGUCCUUGUGACUAGACCCGUUGCUUAGCUUCUCUAAGGCCAUUUCUCUUGCACAACUGAGAAUUGUACCACUUUGACCCAUGUUGCAGGGCUGCUGUGAAGACUAAGAUGCUAUUAAACCUCAAAGUUGUGCUUGAAUAAGAUUCACAAGUAAAUGUAUGCUGGUAUCAGA